UGAACACAAUUAGUGAGAAAGAUAAAAGUUUGCCUUCUACAUCACGUAGUGCAGACAAAACAUUCCCUAAUCCUCAGCCAUCGACAAGUUUUUCUACAGUACCACCUUUUGUAAAUGAACCUUCAGAAUUUCAAGAAUAUGAUUACCGCAAUAUCACCAGUUAACACGCAGACAUAAAAUUCUGGAGAACUAUACGAACUAGAAGAAAUAAAAAAGAAUAUUGACAUGAAUUGUGAAGUAAAAGUUGCUCAUGAAAAUUCAUUUAAGGCAAUGAAAAGGAAACAGAAAAAGCAGAAAGAUGCCAAAAACAUACACAAAAGAAAGAAAAGCAAGCAUGAGAAAAACUUGCCUGAAGGAAAAUCAGGUUCAUCGUCAAAAAAAAAAAAAAAAGAAUCAAAGAAAAGAUCCAAAAUGGGUCGUAGAAAGAGUGAUUCCGAUUACGAUUCGGACAAAUUCAUCAAAAGCGGUCAAAAGAAAGAUAUGGAAUAUUGGAGAAAUGAAACAGAAGAUGGAUUUGUGAAAAUGAUACAUUUCAGAUUUGGAAUAUCCAUACCUCUUUCGACAUGGAAACAAAUUACACUGGAACAAACGCCCACCAAAUUUUUAAGAAAAUUGGCGAGAGCAUUGUGGGGUUCUCACGCUCUGGCUAAGCGGGCAAUCAAUAUUAAGAAAUGUUCAACUAGUCUUCCAGAUCGAUCUCCAAGAAAAUCUCUUAUACCGGUUAAAAAAACACUUUUAAGAAAAUUGUACUUCUCUUUUAUCAAUGACAAAAUCUCUAAGGCUGAAGACCGACUCCGACUUAGAAAUAAUUGGAAAGUUGAUUUGGGAGCUUAUAUAAAUUAUUUGAUUAAAAAAUAUAGAAAGGAAUCUUCAAGUUCAGAUUCCAAUUCUGAUAAUGAUUCAUCGAGUUCAAGAUCGAAGUCUGAUUCAAAUUCGAGGUCAAGUUCAAGAUCGCAAAAAUCAGAAUCUUCCGAUCAGACUAUCUGAUUAUGUACUGAAGCUUUUACUAUGUGAUUCAUAGUUGUUAAUUAAUAUACGAAGGUUUAUAGAUGUUUAUUUCUAUUCAAUUAAAAUAUUAAAGUUUAUACUAUGUGUACUUCAUAGAUGUUGUUUACGAAUGGUUAUACCAUACUGAAGUAAUGGUUAAAC